CACCCCUGAUCCUUAGUUGAACGAAGUAGCCGGCGGAUUUCCGAUCUCGGUGGUAAGGCGGAGUUGAGCUUCUGGAAUUCAUUAUAUUUCAUGCGGCUGCGAGGUCUGAAGAGAAUUCCCGCUCUAUAGUCAGCUAUAGGCUUGUUCUUCUUGUACGACAGGAGGCGCUGGUAAAGAUCAUCGGAAUAACAUGGAUCACGCGAGGCAGGUGUUCACCGUCGAUCUCCUGGAGAGGUACGCGACCAAAGGGCGCGGGGUGAUCACUGCCAUGGCGGCCGGAAACGAUGUCAUUGUACUGGGAACAAGCAAAGGAUGGGUAAUUAGGCACGAUUUCGGCGUAGGUGAUUCUUACGACAUUGACCUCUGUGCGGGACGACCCGGAGAGCAAUCUAUCCACAGAGUGUUUGUUGAUCCUGGAGGAAGUCACUGUAUUGCCACUGUCGUUGGUGCUGGUGGUGCUGAGACUUACUACACUCAUGCCAAAUGGAGCAAGCCGCGUGUUUUGGGCAGACUGAAAGGUCUUGUUGUAAAUGCAGUUGCUUGGAAUAGGCAACAGAUUACGGAAGCUUCGACAAAGGAAGUCGUUCUCGGCACAGAUAAUGGCCAACUUUAUGAGAUUGCUGUUGAUGAGAAGGAUAAGAGGGAGAAGUACAUAAAGUUUAUAUACGAAUUGAAAGAACUUCCAGAAGCUUUUAUGGGCUUGCAGAUGGAGACAGCUAGUUUAGGAAGUGGAACCAGAUAUUAUGUGAUGGCUGUUACACCUACACGGCUCUAUUCUUUUACUGGCAUUGGAUUGCUGGAAACUGUUUUUGCUAGUUAUUUGGAGCGCGCGGUUCGUUUUAUGGAAUUACCUGGAGAAGUACCAAACAGCGAACUACAUUUCUUUAUCAAGCAAAGAAGAGCGACACAUUUUGCGUGGCUUUCAGGAGCAGGUAUCUACCACGGGGGACUAAAUUUUGGAUCACAGCAUAGUAAUCCAAAUGGUGAUAAUUUUGUUGAGAACAAAGCACUUCUGGAUUACUCGAAACUAAGCGAAGGUUCUGAAGUUGUUAAGCCAACUUCUAUGGCUGUUUCAGAAUUCCAUUUCUUACUUCUCAUUGGGAACAAGGUUAAGGUCGUGAACAGAAUCAGUGAGCAUAUCAUAGAGGACCUCCAUUUUGAUCUGACGUCAGAAUCAGCUUCAAGGGGCAUUAUUGGGUUGUGUAGCGAUGCCACUGCUGGCUUGUUCUAUGCAUAUGAUCAGAAUUCUGUCUUCCAGGUUUCUGUCAACGAUGAGGGCCGAGAUAUGUGGAAGGUCUAUCUUGACAUGAAAGAAUAUGCUGCAUCUUUAGCAAAUUGUCGUGAUCCAUUUCAGAGGGAUCAAGUAUAUUUGGUCCAGGCAGAUGCUGCAUUUUCUUCGAGGGAUUUUCAAAGAGCGGCAUCCUUCUAUGCAAAAAUUAACUAUAUACUAUCAUUUGAGGAAGUCACCCUCAAGUUUAUCAGUGUAGGAGAACAGGAUGCUUUGAGGACUUUCUUGUUGCAUAGGCUAGAUAAUCUCACAAAAGAGGAUAAGUGCCAAAUAACAAUGAUUUCGACAUGGGCAACUGAAUUGUACUUGGACAAGAUAAAUCGGCUUCUUUUGGAAGAAGAUAGUGCAGUGGAAAAUCAUGGUGUUGAGUACCAGUCCAUCAUUCAAGAAUUUUGUGCUUUCCUCAGUGAUUCUAAAGAUGUACUUGACGAGGCUACAACAAUGAAACUUCUGGAGAGUUACGGACGAGUUGAAGAACUAGUAUAUUUUGCUAGUCUGAAGGAGCAGCAUGAGAUUGUAAUUCAUCACUAUAUACAGCAAGGAGAAACAAAAAAAGCUUUGGAAGUACUUCAAAAGCCAGCUGUGCCUAUAGAUCUUCAGUACAAGUUUGCUCCAGAUCUCAUUGCUCUUGAUGCAUAUGAAACGGUGGAGUCUUGGAUGGGGACGAAGAACCUAAACCCGCGGAAAUUGAUUCCUGCAAUGAUGCGCUAUUCAAGUGAACCCCAUGCAAAGUAAUGAUCUCUAGAUUAAUUAUGUGGUGUUCAACACUGAGUGAUGCUAACCAUGCCUUUCCCACAUUCAGGCCAUCAAGGCAUCAACUUAAUUUUUUUGACAUGGGAUUUGACUGGAUGAACAAUUACACUAUGUAAAGGUGGUGUCAAUAUGAUUAAAAUGUGACGGUGAAAAGAAUGCUGAUUCACUUAGCUGUAAGCAUGCACAUUGCAUUUCACGUCGAAAACGAUUGUCAAGUUUUAGGAUAGUUUGCCUACAAAUAUGACAUCUUCAUAUUUGGAUGUUUUCCUGUCAUCUUGUGUACAACUGAUAUGCCAAGAACUCAAUAGGAACAUAAUGAGCUUGAAAAGAAGUUUUUGGUUUGCAUCCUUUGGGGUUAGUUUGGUCCUGUAAAUCCUAUUUCAAGACAUUGGUGUCUGAAAUUUUCUUUUACAUUUAUGUCUUCUAACAGAAGAUAUGUUGAAUGCAGGAAUGAAACUCAUGAGGUCAUCAAGUACUUGGAGUUCUGUGUUCAUCGUCUGCAUAAUGAGGAUCCCGGAAUUCACAAUUUGCUUUUAUCUCUCUAUGCUAAGCAGGAAGAUGAUAGUGCACUUCUGCGGUUCCUACAAUGCAAGUUUGGGAAAGGCCGAGAAAAUGGACCUGAUUUCUUCUAUGAUCCGAAGUAUGCCCUCCGCCUUUGCCUCAAAGAGAAGCGAAUGCGCGCUUGCGUUCAUAUAUACAGUAUGAUGUCCAUGCAUGAAGAAGCAGUUGCUCUUGCUCUGCAGGUUGAUCCUGAGCUUGCUAUGGCUGAAGCUGAUAAAGUAGAAGACGACGAAGACCUGAGGAAAAAGUUAUGGCUCAUGGUCGCCAAGCAUGUUAUUGAACAGGAAAAGGGAACAAAGAGGGAGAACAUUAGAAAGGCCAUAGCAUUUCUUAAAGAAACUGAUGGGCUGUUGAAAAUUGAGGAUAUACUUCCCUUCUUUCCAGACUUUGCCCUGAUUGAUGAUUUCAAGGAGGCAAUAUGCUCAUCAUUGGAGGAUUACAACAAGCAAAUUGAAGAACUGAAACAGGAGAUGAAUGAUGCGACCCAUGGUGCAGACAAUAUAAGGAAUGAUAUAAAUGCUCUUGCUCAGAGAUAUGCUGUCAUUGAUAAGGAUGAGGAUUGUGGGGGGAUCAAUGUGGAAGCCGGUGCUGAUGGGUCCGCUGAGGAAUCCUCGAUGACGGACCAUCGUGGCGCCGACGCCGCCGGCAAUUCAAAGAAGGUGAGGGAUUUCAGCUCCAAGGAUGAGUCUUCUAGGAUGGUUUCUGUUACUUGCAGUGGCAAUGAAUUGGUUUGCAGAAGGAAGAUCUUGAAUGUGGGUGGGGAUUAUCGCAUGUCUCGAGGAUACACAUCUGUGGGACCAAUUGCUCCCUUCUACGUAUUUCCUUGUGGGCAUGCCUUCCAUUCAGAAUGCUUGAUUGCUCAUGUAACACGAUGUACUACUGAAUCACAGGCCGAGCAUAUUCUGGACCUUCAGAAGCAACUUACUCUGUUGGGCGAUGGAGCUAGAAAAGACCUAAACGGCAGCAUGUUUGAAGAUUCGGUUUCAAGCACAACCAAUGCAGAUAAGUUGCGCUCUCAAUUGGAUGACGCGGUAGCUGGGGAGUGCCCCUUCUGUGGGGAGUUGAUGAUCAGGGAAAUCUCAUUGCCUUUCAUCCUUGCCGAUGAAUCACGGGAGGUGAAUUCGUGGACAAUAAAGCCAACCAACAAUCUUCUGAACCUUAGGAGCAUAUCUCUGCCCUCUUGACUUUCCCUUCUCUUCAACAUCUUGUAUUUGUUUGUGUGUCCAUAUAAGAAUAUACCUGUAUGCAGCUUCACCAAGUUCUUUCCACAACAUCGUUAAGUUAUUGGUUCAGCAAGUCGGUAUCUUCAUAUUCUGGUAAGCAGUUUGUACCUUCCCAGGGCUCUGUAGAUCUACUUUAGUAACAUUGUGUUGUAGUUGAUGUCUGAUUAAUCUGGAGUCGCAAGAGUUGGGUCUGGCAUUGUUUUGAACUCCAAGGCUUCUUUGGAGAUGGGGAUUGUGUUUGCAGAUCGGAACGGAUAUCAAACUAAAUAGAUCAAUACGGAAAUAAGAAAACAUACGGUUUACGUGGUAUCCCUGAUGAUCAGGACUAAUCCACGGGAGAGGUUGAACACUCUCCAGGCUACUGAAAUUAUUAUUCUCUCAAC